AUGGACCUCUCCGCGGUCAUCCGCUUUUCCUCCCUCUCCAGGACACAGCUGGCGAGCAGCCCGGCCACACUGCCAGUGGGCAGCUUCAGUCCCGCCCCCUCCCCAGGGACCCUCCUGGAGAAGCCGGACGUCUUCCGGCUCGAGCGGCUGUGCGUGGGGCUGAGCCCACACCCUGCCAAUCCCCCCGUGCCCAGCAAACCCGGCCACCUUCGGGCCCACGCCGCCGCCUCCCCCCCACCCCCCGCCUCCGCCAUGCCUGCCCACCGCUCCGUGCUGGGCGAGGGCGAAGACCGCGCGGCGCCGCCCGCUGCAGCUUUAAGAGGCCGCGCUCGCGCCCCACGCGGAACCCGCGGCUCCGACCGGUCCCCGCGCGCCCCGACCCGUUCGGACCCGGGGCGGGACCGGCCACUGCGCAACCGACGCCAGCCCGGGGCCUGCGAGCGACGCGCGCCCCGGGCCUGCCCCGCGCCCCCGGCGGCCGGCGCGGGCACCAUGGGCGCUGCCCACUCGGCAUCCGAGGAGGUGCGGGAGCUCGUGGGCAAGACGGGCUUCUCCUCUGACCAGAUUGAGCAGCUGCACCGGCGGUUCAAGCAGCUGAGCGGCGACCAGCCGACCAUCCGCAAGGAGCACUUCAACAGCAUCCCCGACCUGGAGCUGAACCCCAUCCGCACCAAGAUCGUCCGCGCCUUCUUCGACAACAGGAACCUGCGCAGGGGGCCCACUGGCCUGGCCGACGAGAUCAACUUCGAGGACUUCCUGACCAUCAUGUCCUACUUCCGGCCCAUCGACACCGGCAUGGACGAGGAGCAGGUGGAGCUGUGCCGGAAGGAGAAGCUGAGAUUUCUGUUCCACAUGUACGACUCGGACAGCGACGGGCGCAUCACCCUGGAAGAGUACCGGAAUGUGGUGGAGGAGCUGCUGUCGGGAAACCCGCACAUCGAGAAGGAGUCUGCGCGCUCCAUAGCCGACGGUGCCAUGAUGGAGGCGGCCAGCGUCUGCGUGGGCCAGAUGGAGCCUGACCAGGUCUACGAGGGGAUCACCUUCGACGACUUCCUGAAGAUCUGGCAGGGCAUCGACAUCGAGACCAAGAUGCACGUGCGCUUCCUGAACAUGGAGACCAUCGCCCUGUGCCACUGACCGCCGGCCCCCGGACCCCUGCUCCUGUACAUAGCCCCGCCCGCCGCCGGCAGGUGGCACGGGCCUCGCCGUUUUUAUCUCCAAUAAAGCCACAGCAAGGGUUGUUUGCUAGA